AUGGAGGUUGAAGACAACUUUCACAAGAAGCAGAUGUUGCACAAGUCACGGACGGAGGAGUUUGAAAAGAGAGCCUCUGAACUUUCCGGCAAGAUCGAGGAACAGCAAGGGGUCCAUGAUCUAUGGAGCAGAAUCUUGAUUGCCAUUACUUCCCUGGAUACACAUGGUUCCAAGAAGCCGGCAGAUCAGACUUGGUGCCAAUACUUUGAACAGUGCUUGGAGUGUGAGAUUGAAGACCAGCCAAUUUGGUUUGCGUCAUCAGACGUACCAUUCCCGGAAGUACUUGUCAAAUUGACCGAGAAGAUUGGAGCCCUGCAUUUGGAUUUGACCAAGACCAAGCAGCAGCUGGAGAACCUAUCCACUCGACUUUCUACCCGCAAGCGCUCCAAUGCGAUUCAUGAGGCUAGAGCAAAGAAAAGGGUCAAGUCAAUCCUUGAGAAGGAUUCAGCCAAGAUUGCACAGCAGUUGACUCUCACUUCUCAGUCUUCAGUAUUGUUGUACCGCACUGUGUACUGUACCCUUUUCUUCAGGGUGUGCAAGUGGACCAAGGCAGCGGAGAGGGAGGGCUGGGAGCAUUUGCCUGAGACAGCCCAAGCACGGGAAGCGACUACCAUUGAGGGCAUGAUUCGGGAAUGGAACUCCUGCCAGAAAGAAGCUCAAGAACUUGUAGAGCGUCAGAAUCAGGAGCUGGUGGACAGGCAUGAGAGGGGCGAGCUGACAGCCGCUGCUUUGGCGGCAGGAUUGCAGGAUGUCCCGGAAACACUUGCCAUUCCAUCGAAACAAUGGUGCAGAAAGUUCCGGAUCAACUUUGGGUGGAGUUUGCUGUCACGCGGUGGGGACACUCAAGCGUACCUACCAUAUGCGCAUCCUGACAUGCAGGCAUCCAGGGAUCAUAUGGCAGCCACGUUAGCCGAUGGUGUUCAUGGAGCGCUGGUUUUGAACUUUGACCAGGUAUGGAGGUGUGCCUUCCAGUUCAAUGGCCGUCUUUUCUACAAGCCACGACCUAUCGCGUUUUGCUGCCCAGACGGAGCUUUGUCGGUCUCAGAGAUACAGGAGUUCAAUGCCUCCCAUGUGGCAUCUGCCAUGGUGGUGCCUUCAGGCACCAAUUCUCAUUUCAUGACAAGCGACACCCUGCUUCAAGUGUGGGAACAGCUGUACUCUCCGGCCUUGGCAAAGCAACGCUCUCGGUAUGGAUUGAAGCUGGAUGAUCCUGGAGCUGAAGCUGCCUUUUUGGCAGAUGCUUGGAGUGGAACGCACAGCUCAAGCAAAGGAGAAGACGCAAGAAGGCGGGCAUUUUGCAAGCUUCACCGAAUCAGAGAACCUCGGAAGCAACCUGGUGGUUGGAGUUGUCACGGCCAACCUGUCGAUCAGUGUCAUAUGCAGUAUCGGGAGAAGAUCAGAAGCCUUGAUGUGAGCAGCCUCUCGAUGCAUGCGGACCUUCGCUCCAGGGCAGCUUUUGAAGAGGUGAGCAUGAGAGCAAGUGGCCAGUUGGUGAGGGAGGUCAAAAGUUGGCUAUCAGUGGUCAAUCUUUCUCUUGAUGCUUGGCGCCAGCUGGAUCAAAAGGUCUUUCAAAGUGCUUGGUUGCUUUGCGGGUACUUUGGUGAAGAGCACUUUGCCAAGUACCAGGGGUCGGGUGUGAGCUCUGUCACGUUCGAUGAUGCCAUGAAGAUCUUGUCCAGCCCAUUUGGUCCUUUGAAGGGAACCCCACAACGCUGCACCGUCUUUGAGUGGCAAGUUCAGGUGGAAUCUGGCGAGUGGCAAUCGAUGUCGUAUGAGCUUGCCAGCGCAUUUGUCCGGACCCUGAUGCUUCAUGGUGCAAAGCUCAGGGCUGCAAGGAACUCUUUUUUGGAGCUCUCUGCUCUUGAUGAACAUCUCAAGAAGGCCGCAACCAAGAAGGCCAAGCAAGAGUUUGAGAAUCUCAAGUCGGUUAGCCGAUACAUGGUCUUCAACCCUCGAACCGGUGAGCUUGCGAGUCAGCAGUGGCUCAACAAUCACAUCCAGGUCAUGGAUGGGGUUCCCUGUAUGAAGAAGAAGCUUGGAAAGGCCUGUCCCUUUAUAGUCACUCUUGGGUUUGACUUGCUGCCUGUUGGAGAUGUCAAGCUCACGGUGAAAACAGCUCCAGACAAGCCAGUUAUUGUGGAUGAGGAGGAGAUGGACGAUGAGGGUGCCAAUGAUGAGGAUUUCUUAUGGAAUGAUGAAGAUGGGCUUCAAGGUUCAGAGAAGGUGAAAAUGGCUCCACUUGCUGACAAGGAGAUGGAACUCUUUGGUGAGGAGGAGUCCGAUUCCGGAGAGGUGCUGGAGCAGGCCAUCAAGGUGGACCCAUCCGAAUUCAUCCAAAUGCACCUGGAAGAGAAAUGUGCUUCUCUUGAUUCUGAGGAGAAGGCAGUGGCUGUCGCUAUCAAGCAGCCGUCGUUUUUCAAGAGAGAAGCUUUUGUGGCUUUGCACGCCGCCGGACUGACGGAAAUUCCGAACAAGUCUGGAGUUCACAUUUGGUGCCAUCAAUCAAGCAGCCAAUGGCAUGCUCAGUAUCCUGGCAAGAGCUACAGCCCUAGCUGGGGUGCCACCAGGAGUGAGCAAAAGGCACUGGGCUUAGCGCUCUUGAAGCUUUGGGCAUGGUUCGUAAAGGAUCAUCCAGAGAAUGAAGCAGCUAAAGCACGCUUCUCUUUCAUGCAAGAUGCAGUACAGCAUUUGGAUUAA